CAAUUUGAAAGUAAACAAUCACAUCAGUGCAAUAUGUGUCAACUUCUAAAAAUAUGAAUUUAUUUUAUUCUUCGUGCAAUGGUACGCUAUAGAUGAAAACGAACAAGUGUUGUUAAUUUGUUUCCUCGAGCGGACAUUUACACCCGUUAAUGAGGCGGCUAAGCACGGAAUUUGCACUCAGUAUGUCCGGAAACACCUCAGAUCAACUGACUGUUAAAGAUGCACGGCGUUCCUUACGUUUUGAUGUUAGCACUUCUUUGGAAGAUCAAGAUACCACCAAAGGUAUUGAAGAAUGUGCACAGAUCUCUGUUGAACGUAUUCCAGCUGAGGCACAGUUGAGGAAUGAUUGUGAAAACCUUUGGCAAGAGUUGAACAGUACCCACACUCGUCUCGAUGCUGGCUCUACAAAUAAUAAUACGUCUCGUUUGGAUGAAGAAGAGUUUGAUGCUUCAAGGGUCCUUGAACGAGUCUUAAAAGUGAAAGAGAAAAAACUUCAAACAGAACUUUUAGCAUUGGAAAACCAAGGACUUCAGGUGACAUCAACCAAUCCUGAAUACACCAAAACCCACCUGAAAAGCCAGCUGCUGACCAGUGUUAGACAGUUGGAGGAGACACUGAGUGUUGUCAAAGGGCAGCGUAAAGAAGUGGAAGAUGAACUAAGAAGGGAAGAAGAGAUUGUCAAGCAACACAGGGAAGUCAGCAAUGCUCUUCGGAUAAAAAUUGAUAGCCUAGAGCAAGAGAAAGAAAAUGUGAAAGAAGUAACAAGUCAGAUAAAGGAUCUUGAAAGACAAAAGAAAGCUGCAGAUGUUUAUCUCAUCCAGACAAUGAAGAAACUGGGCUCCUUCUUGUCCUCAAACUUUCCUCUCCCAUCAGCUGCUGACAUGAAAGGAAACAAGAAUCUAGCAAGAGCACCUUUAAAUCCAGACAUCAGGUACAUUUCACUACAACAGCUGACAGAGGACCUGAUGAACAUGUCAUACAGUAGACCACAUGACCCAUACUUAAGAAUUAAGGAUGCUCACUGGCCACCAUACAUUGAGCUGUUACUAAGGUGUGGCAUAGCACAGCGACAUCCUCAAGACUGCAAUCUUAUCAGACUUGUUGCUUUCAACCGAUAGUCUGCUGACUGCCAGUGCCACUCAGGAGAAAAAAAUCUCUCAGUUUGCGAGAGACAAAAGGCUUGCAGUUGCUCUGCAAGCUUUCAGUCAGUCUUGAUGUGAGCGUGUCUCAAACCUCUUGAUGCCUGCCGCAGCUUCUUGAUACAAAAGAAAAAGCCAUGCUGCAGAGACAAACUGUGGUAUCUGAGACAAGUUGUUUCCUAUUGGCAAUCAGCUGCUCUCAUUUUAUGCCUUUUAACUACAGCUACACUUGUAGGGACAAGAUCUCCACAGGUUUACGCCUAAAAAUUCUAAACAUUUUAACA